UUCCAGAAUGCAUAUAAAUCUACCUCUUCCGCAGUGGUCGUCACACUCUGAUUUUCCUCUUUCAAUUGAGGUUCAAAGACCAAUUCCAGCAGGACAGAGAGAGAUAUGGCGCUUCCCAAGGCUAAGGAGCUCGUUUCUACUAAUCCCGUCGUCGUCUUCAGCAAAACCUACUGCCCCUUCUGCGUGACCGUGAAGGAAUUGCUGACAAAGCUCGGCGCCUCCUUCAAAGCCAUUGAAUUGGAUAAAGAGGGUGAUGGAACUGAGAUACAAUCUGCUCUGGCUGAAUGGACUGGGCAGCGAACAGUGCCGAAUGUGUUCAUUGGUGGGAAGCACAUUGGUGGUUGUGAUGCAACAACUGGUCUGCACGCCCAAGGAAAGCUUGUUCCACUGCUAACUGAAGCUGGAGUAGUUGCCAAAGCUUCUGCUUAGACUGCUCAUGAAUCAGUACCUGCUCAGUAAUCCUGUAUGCAACUCUGAUAAUAAAGUGUGGGUACUUUUACUUUGCCUGGUUUGAUAUGCCUGUGCGAUUGGUUAGCGGGCAACUUCUUUUGAUAUGAAAAUAAUUAUACUGAAUGCUGUGCUCUAUGUACGUUUAAAUGGUUUAUCGACAAGUCACUUAUAACUA